AAAAAAAAAAAUUUUUUUUUAAAUUUAAAAAAAAAAAAAAGAAAAAAUAUUUCUUACAAAAAACUAUUUAAUAUUUUGUGUGUGCGUGUGUGUUUAAUUAAAAUAAACAUUUUUUCGUUUUAAGUAAAAAAAUAUUUUUUCAAAAACAAAAAAAAAAUUUCUUAAAUGAUUGCAUAAACUAAAAAAUUAUAACAUUUAUUUUAUGUUCAUCACUGCCUAAGCGUAAAUUAAUAUACUAAAGCGAGACAAAAAAAAAUAAUUAAUUUAAUUUUUUCCUAUACAAAUAAAAUUUUUAAAACAAUUUUAAUUUUAAUAAAAAAAAAAAUUAAGAGUGAUUUUAAUUUUAAAUAUUAAUAAUAUUAAAAAAAAACUAUUUGCAAAAUUAAAUAUUAAAAAUUUAUAAAAAAAAAAAAUUUUAAUUAACUUUUAAAUUAUAUAAAAAUAUAUUAAAAAAAAAAAACAAAAAAUUAAAAAUAAUGGACCCUUUAAUAAAUUUAUUUUUAUUAAAAAUUUAUUUAAAUAAUUUUAUUAAAUUUUUAUACAUAAAAUAUGAGAUUUAUAUUUAAAAAUAAUCAAGAAAAAUUAAUAUAAAAUUAAAUAUAAUAAAAAUAAACAAUUUAAUUAAUAAAUAUUAAAUAUUAAAUUUUUUAUAAAUAUAGAAAAAAAGAAAAACAAGAGAGAAAGAAAUAAGAAAUUACAAUUGAAUUGAAAAUUUUAAUUUUUUUUUUCUUCAUAAUUUUUAAAUGACUAAAAUAAUUUUAUAAUGAAAUUUAGUACUUAUACUUAACAAAAUAAAAUUAAUAAUUUUAUAAUAACUAUAAUUAUAAAUUAUAUAUAAACAAUUUAAUUUUACAUUCAAUAAAAAAUAAAAUAAAAAAUUUAACAAAAAAAUUUGAGUGUGUUUUUAUUUUUAAUAAAAAAUUUUAUACAAUAAAAUUGCAAUUUAACAAACAAAAAAAUUUUAAUUUUUAUUAAAAUAAUAAUUAAUAACGACAAACAACGGUAAAUUUAAUUAAAAAAAAAAUUAAUUUUUAAAAUUAACAUUAAAAAUUCGUAAUACUUGUACAUAAUUUGUAUAACAACUUAUUAAAUUUGAAAAAAAAAAAAAUAAAUAAAUAAAAACAUUUUAUUAUUAAAAUUAUACGAAAAAAUUAUUAUUAACAUUAAAUAUAUAUAUAUAUAUAUAUAUAUAUACGAAGAGCAGUAAAAUAUUAAAAUAAUUUUUUUUUUUUACUUUCUCUACAUAAUAUAUAAGUUAUUAAACUCUCUCUCUCUCUCUCUCUUUACGCAGCUCUAAAUAUUUUUUUGAAAUAUUAUAAUUUUUAUAUUUAAAAAAAAAAAAAUAAAUAAAUAAACAAUUAAAUUACCAAAAAAAAAAAAACGAAAAAAAAAAAAAAUUAUUAAUUUAUAAAAUAUGGUACCACAACAUACUCAAGAUACAUCUGUAACACCACCAUCACCAACUAUAGCUAAUGGUGGACUUAAUACAAAUAUAAUAUUAAAUAAUACAAAUAACGGUAAUAAUAAUAAUAAUAAUAAUACAUUUAAUAUGGGUCCUCAACAUCAACAACAAAUUGAACAGCAUCAAAUGCAAUUACAACAUCAACAAAAUUUACAACAUCAACAAGAAUCGCAACAACAGCAACAAUUACAACAACAACAACAACAACAACGUUUAAUACCAAAUAAUUUAUCUGGUGUUAUAUUUGGAUCACAACUUGUGGAUAUUAAUUCCAGUACACCAUAUUCUGAUGCAACACAGGUACGUUUUCAAUACUUGCUCUUUUUUUCUCAAUUUUUUUAUGGGAUUCCAUCAAUUAUUUGGGAAUAAAAAUAUAGAAGAAAAAAUUCUGUGUGAGUAAAUAUAAAAAAAAAAAACUUUUAAUUAUUUUAAUUAAUAUCAAAUAAAAAAAAUAAAAAACAAAAUCCUAAAUAAAUGAAUGAAUAAUAAAAUUAUUUGAAAAUAUGUAAAAAAAAGAGCAACAACAGAAAGAGCAAAAAGAGAGGUUGGAGGGAAGGGUCCUCGCAAUAUGCUUAAAGUAUUUUAUUUUUUCUCUUGAACUUUUUUGACCUUGAAAAGUUCUUUAACAUUUUUUUUAACAAUUAAAGCACAUAAUAUUUUCUUUGAGUGCAAGAGCAAAAAAAAACUCUUUUCCAGCAUUUAAAAAUUUGUGUUUUUGUACCGUUAUUAUGCUUCUUAUAUACAUUCAAUAUUUUGGAAUAAUUGGAAUGUACACUCAAAGAAAAUAUGAAGGAAAAUUUCAUAAAUAAUUUUUUAUUUGUUAUAAUUUUUUUUAAAAUAUAAUUAAUAAUAAUAUUAUUUUAUUUAUUCAUCAAAUCAACGGAGUAAGGCUAUUAAAAGUUUAUUUAUUAAAAUUAAUCACUCAAAUCUCAAAAAAAUUAAAUUAAAAUAAUAAUAAAUUUUUCUCAGUGUAUUCCUACUGGAAUACUACUGGUAUUCCUACCACCUGAGUGUAUUUAGGCUACUUAGAACAAUUGAGCUCUUCCAUUUUGAAGUAAUAUUUCUUUUGGUACUGUAACUCCUCGCUUAAAAUAGACUCUUUGAUAUUGAAUUUCUAAAUUUUUAAUACCAUUUUCUCACUUGAUGUCAUUUCAAUCUCAUUAAAAGUAAUGUGUCCUUAUAAAUAACUCUAAAUUGGAGAGUUCAUUUUUCUGUUAUAAAAAAAUUAAACUCGUUCCGAGUCAUUCCGUUCAUAGUCUCAAAAAUUACCCUAGGCGAGAAAUUACCCUAUAACUUUAAAUGUGCCUUACAACUGUUAUACUGAGAGAAAAAUUUGAAUAAAAUAAAUACAUACUUAGUUGUAAGAGUAUGGUUUUGUGAGUAUAUCACUAAUAUAUUUUAUUCUCAUUAAUUAUUACUAUUAUAACAACAAGUAAAUUCACAUUUAAUUGGAAAUUAUCCCUUAAAUUCUUUAUUUUUAAUAAUAUGUAGGUACCAUAAAAUUAAUUUUUAUUCUUAAUAUUUACACAUUUACAUUUUUAUUUUAUUUAAUUGUCAUAGAUUUAUUCCAAGUCAAUAAUAAGAAACAAAAAAAGA